AUGUUUUCUCUUUAUCUGCUAAUUGCUCUUUCGUGUGCGAAGUACCUUUCGUACCCAACAGGAACAGGAGAAAAGUUUGUCAUUGCAACAAUUUCUCAUUGUUACGAAAAGGCGGAUGGAAGUUAUUUCAAAUAUGUGGAAAAGAAUGGAGGAAUAGUUAUUGAAAAAUAUACUGACCACAACUGCAAAAACGACAAAACCACAUCCAAAUUGGAUAAGACUUUCACAAUUACUGACGCAGUUCCUUCGUAUGGAUUUUGUGGAAGGACACCAUGUGAAACAGGCCAGUUUGAAUGCCUCAAGUCAGAGUGUCACAAAGACGAUCUUUUUAAUCAGGAUGGUAUGUAUGUAAAGGCUUUUUUCAACCAGUCGUUAACAAUGAUUCAAGCUCAGUUUUAUGAAGACGCGACUUGCACCAAACUGAAAGUGACUUACUUCAACAAUUGUACAAUUUGCACAACAAACAAUUCGGAGAACAUAUGUCAAUCAACUCUCGUCGAAACAAAUAAUAUCGUUGCUUUGAAAACUGAAACUGGAGCAGUUUAUGUGAAGCCAAAGAACGAAAAGGAUACUGCAGACUCUGGCAAUCUUGUUGCGGUCUUCUUUUUUGCUUUUCUUUUCUUCAUAUUCUAA